UUCUCAGUAAAAUUAAAAUUGAGACUAAAUAUAGCACAAGAGGAAUGAUUUCAGGGCCAAAACAGACCAAAACAAAAUAUUUUAAUGAAUGAACUUGUUGUUAUCAGUUUGUAAAUGAACAUCUUCCUUCCUUUUCUGCUAGGAUUUUUAGACUCUGAAGAGCAAUUGGAGCUAAUCCACAUCAUGGAAAUGGAGACCACAGAAUCUGAGCCAGACUGUGUAGUGCAGCCCCCUUCUCCUCCUGAUGAUGACUUUUCCUGCCAGAUGAGACUUUCUGAGAAGAUUGCUCCAUUGAAGACUUGUUUUAAGAAAAAGCAGGAUCAGAAAAGAUUGGGAACUGGAACCCUGAGGUCUUUGAGGCCGAUAUUAAACACUUUACUAGAAUCUGGCUCACUUGAUGGUGUCUUUAGAUCUAGGAACCAGACUUCAGAUGAGAACAGCUUACAUGAACCUAUGGUGAAAAAAGCCCUGGAAAUCAAUACAUCGUGCCCACCAGCAGAAGACAAUAUGUCUGUCCUUAUUCCUGAUGGGACAAAUGUUGGGGGCCAAAUACCAGAAGCCCAUCCUUCCACUGAUGCUCCAGAACAAGUCGUUCCAAUCCAGGAUCACAGUUUUUCACCAGAAACCAUCAGUGGGACAGUGGCAGAUUCUACACCAGCGCACUUCCAGGCUGACCUUUUGCACCCAGUUUCAGGUGAUGUUCCUACUAGUCCUGACUGCAUAGACAAAGUCAUGGAUUAUAUUCCAGGGGUUUUCCAAGAUAACAGUUUUACAAUCCAGUACAUUUUAGACACCAGUGAUAAGUUGAGUACUGAGCUCUUCCAGGACAAAAGUGAGGAGGCUUCCCUUGACCUGGUGUUUGAGCUGGUGAACCAGCUACAGUACCACACUCACCAAGAAAAUGGAAUUGAAAUCUGCAUGGACUUUCUGCAAGGCACUUGUAUUUAUGGCAGGGAUUGUUUAAAGCACCAUACAGUCUUGCCAUAUCAUUGGCAGAUCAAAAGGAGGACUACUCAGAAGUGGCAGAGUGUAUCCAAUGAUUCUCAGGAGCACUUGGAAAGAUUUUAUUGUAACCCAGAAAAUGACAGAAUGAGAAUGAAGUAUGGAGGACAAGAAUUUGGGGCAGAUUUGAAUGCCAUGAAUGUGUAUGAAACAACGGAAUUUGACCAAUUACGAAGGCUGUCUACACCACCUUCUAGCAAUGUCAACUCUGUAUACCACACGGUCUGGAAAUUCUUCUGUAGAGACCACUUUGGAUGGAGAGAGUAUCCUGAGUCUGUCAUUCGGUUGAUUGAAGAAGCCAACUCUCGGGGUCUGAAAGAGGUUCGAUUUAUGAUGUGGAAUAACCACUACAUCCUCCACAAUUCAUUCUUCAGGAGAGAAAUAAAAAGGAGACCACUUUUCCGCUCCUGUUUUAUACUGCUUCCAUAUUUACAGACACUUGGUGGAAUUCCCACACAGGCUCCUUCAUCCCUUGAAACAACUUCAUCAUCACAAAUCAUCUGCCCAGAUGGGGUCACCUCAGCAAACUUUUACCCUGAAACUUGGAUUUAUAUGCAUCCAUCUCAGGACUUCAUCCAAGUGCCUGUUUCUGCAGAUGACAAAAGUUAUCGCAUCAUUUAUAAUCUUUUUCAUAAGACUGUACCAGAGUUUAAAUAUAGAAUUUUGCAAAUAUUGAGAGUCCAAAACCAGUUUCUUUGGGAGAAAUAUAAAAGGAAAAAAGAAUAUAUGAACAGGAAAAUGUUGGGCCGUGACAGAAUAAUAAAUGAAAGACAUUUAUUUCAUGGAACAUCCCAGGAUGUAGUAGAUGGAAUCUGCAAGCACAACUUUGACCCUCGAGUCUGUGGAAAGCAUGCCACAAUGUUUGGACAAGGCAGUUAUUUUGCAAAGAAGGCAAGCUACUCUCAUAACUUUUCUAAGAAGUCCUCCAAAGGAGUCCAUUUCAUGUUUCUGGCCAAAGUGCUGACUGGCAGAUACACAAUGGGCAGUCAUGGCAUGAGAAGGCCCCCUCCAGUCAAUCCUGGUAGUGUUACCAGUGACCUGUAUGACUCUUGUGUGGAUAAUUUCUUUGAGCCUCAGAUUUUUGUCAUUUUUAAUGAUGACCAGAGUUACCCUUAUUUUGUUAUUCAAUAUGAAGAAGUCAGUAACACUGUUUCCAUUUGAAAAAUCUUGGUACUGCUAAAUUAUUUGAUAUGAACUCAAUCCAGCAUUUGUAGCAGGUUUUGAAUGGGUGGGCCUGGGUGGGGAACAGCAUUGGACAUUGAUAGGGCACUUUUCAGACCCAUUUUUUAAAGUGCUAAAAAGUGUACUUUUUUUUUUAAGAAAAAUGCAAGUUUAAAAAUGACCACUUAUUCUUUAUUUACUAAUUAUAUUGUUAGUGUACUCAGUGUGAAAAAGAUUACAGAUUGCAUACUCUUAUCAUUCACACUUGUACAUAUAGGCAGCAAUGUUAUUAGAAGCAUUAAAAAAAGAACACCCAAACUGAACAGCCUAACUGAUUAAAUGUGGCUUGGGCCUGGUAGAAGUUUGGCCAGACAGAAAGGAGGCUAUGAACAAAGUGAGAAUUCUGUUUAUUUACAUUGAUAAAACUGACUGGAACUGGUACUACCGUGCUUAUUCCUUGUCCAAAGCAUCACUGCUUUGGUGUAGUAUAAGUUCAUGAAAUUCUGGUGGGUGGAAAGAAAUUUAUCAGCAGGAUUGAAAUUUAUCACCCAAGUAGAGAAUCUCAGUGACUUAGAGUUUGCCUGAGAAUUCAGGGUUCUUUUAGAGGAAGUUUUUAAAAAUGUAAAGAAUGUAACACAGUCUUUUCCAUUAUCAGCUAAUUUGGUUAAAGCCAGACUUGAGGAUUUAGAAGUAUUACUUUCUUUUGGGGGUUCCAGACCUAUCCCAUAACUGAGGGUUUUAGAGAAAGGAAGAACAUCUACAGCUGGAGUGACAAAGUUUAUUACUGUGCUUUGCACAAACUAGAUUCUCACAAAUGUUUGCUGGAAUUAUUGGUAGAUGGUGACCCUACCUCUGUACAUGCUUUGCCUGAUGCAGGUGGGUUCCCUGACUAUGUACCUUACUUACACUACUUACUUAAUAGAAACACAAACUUGGAAGUUGUGCCACUGGCCCAGCUGGAGUAGGUGACUAUGCUGUGCCUCAGUUCAGAGAGAAAGCAGCUAGAUUACUUUUCCUUAAACAAAGCAAAUACCUGGAUUUACAAAAAUGAAAGUGGUUGUUCAGGAAAGAAUUCACCAUGGAAUUCCUUCAGAUAUCAAGCUCUCCUGGUAUGUUUGUGGUUAUUUCAUUUACACAAAGCUUUUCAGGAACGUCUGUGUUGUUUAAAGCAAGAUAUAUCUAUACUGAUGUCUCAGUGAAUCAGUCCAUUUUAGCACUUAUCAGGGCUUCCACACAGUUAUUUAUUUUGCCCUAGUUGAUCCUGUUGUUUGCUGCCAUUGGCGUGAAGCAGCCAUCUGUGGCUGUUACAGUUCUUUCAUUCAAUUACAACUUAUAAACCAGUGAUUCCCAAUCUUUUUCAAGUUAAGAUACCAUACCAUUGCUUAUUUGAUUUUAUGAAACUUGUUCCUUUUUUCUCCCUAAAGAAAAAGAAAGCUUUAUGACAUAUUUAUUUUUUUAAUAAAACUAAGCAAAAAUAAAAGUUAUGAUAAUACUUUAAAA